UGCAGCGUGCGGACACUCCCAGGACAGCAGUCCCCAAUACUCGCUGAUGGAGCUCCAUGGGCUGGCUGGGCAGGGCCUGUGGGGCUGAAGGAUGGCCAUGGCAGGCCUGCUGGGGACUCGUGUGCCCUGGGCCUUCCGAAGUUACCUUGGGCUCCUCCUUCAGGCUGGGCCAGCCCUCCAGGAUGAGGAGGUGGGGGGGCUGGGGCUCACUCAGGGCCAUGGUCUGGGGUCACCCUGGAGGCUCCUGGUAACAAACAGCCCCUCCCUUUCUGGUGCUGGUAUCCAUGGCAAUGCUACAGAGCCUUUCUCCGCCGGGUCUGCUUGGGUUUCAGGCCUCAGCUUCUCCAAGAACAUCCAAAAUGGCCCCCAAGUCUUUCUCGGAGGCUGGAGAAGCCAAGGAAGAGGCUCUCCCAUCUCUGGCGGAUGGAGAGCCAGUCAACGGCCACCUGGAGCCUCCGGCGGACACACCUGCAGGCCCCGUGGCUCCCGCCCCCCGGAGGGACACCAAGCCCAGGCCCACACAUGUGGCCUCCACCAAGCUGCCACUGGCCCCCGAGUCCCUGGAUCCCCCCACACUGCGGCUGGUGUGGAGGCAGCGGGAACUGGAGAUCCAGGCCCUGCGGUCCCUCCAGAGCCAGCGGGAUGCCCAGCGCUCCCGCAUCCUGCGUGAGGUGGCGAGGCUUCCACCGGAGAGGGAGAGCUCCCGCAGUCAGGAGAAGCUCCUGCACACCCAGGUCCAGAAGCUGACUCUGGAGUUAAAAAAGCAGAAGGAACAGGCCCAGCUGGAGAAGCAGCAGCUGGAGGAGCAGCUGGAGCAGACCAAGACCGUGAUGCACCAGCUGGAGGAAGAGCUGGAAGGCUUGCACAAAUCCUGCCUGAUGCAACUGGCCAGCACCUCCUGGGUGGGCCGCAUUCUGAAGUCCUCCACGGGCAGUGUGGAGGUGGUGACUGCGGAGACCCUGCUGGACCUCAGCGACACCUCUGACCAGGAUGAGGGCUCCUCCCGUCAUGAGGGCUUCCGGAUGGAGGACGUGGACUGGAACGCCAUCGCCCAUCGAUACCCCAACCUCCUGGCCAGCAUUCACUCGAGCUCGGAAUCCAAGCGCACCUCCCACCGGCAGAUCCCGCAGCUCCCGCUGGCCUCGCCGACGGAAACCCCUGGCUCCGGGGAGGGCAAGCCGGAAAAGCAGGCCUCCAGGUUGGGCAAACAGCAUUCCCAACGCAAGAGCGUGGAGUGGAGCUCCCUGCCCGUCGUGGGUGACAGCGGCGGCAGCAGCAGCAGCAGCAGCAGCUCCGAGACCUCCUACACGUCCGAACGCCGCCGCCUCCGCAAGGCGCCCAGGCGCCCCACCCCGGGGCCAGGCCAUGUGCUGGCGGAGCAUAUCCCUGCGCGGACCCGCAGCUCCCUGAGCUCCCAGGACCAUCGGCCCCGCAUCAUCCUGCCCAGGGAGUCGCAGGACUCCAGCGGCUGGAGGUUCGCCGGGGACUCCUGGGCCUGGAGCUCCACCUGGUGCGCCCAGGAAUUCCGCCCCGGCAGCGUCAUCAGGGUGAUCGAGGGCGCGCCGCUCCGCAGCUCCCUCCGCAGCUCCAUCAAGGACUCCAAGGCCGGGUCUGAAGGAUUAGGGGGUCUGGCAGGCCUCGUGCUCCAGCUCGGACGGACACCUCCUCCUCUGCCCCCCUCAGCCCCUAGGGCCCAGCCCCCCUUCCUGCGCCCGACCCCUGGCGCUGCAGGCCAGCUGGCUGCACAGGACCUGCCCCAGAAAAUGCUCCAUGUGGGGUCUGGCUCCAAAACAGACCCCCAAACCCCCCCCCCCCUCUCACUCUCAGACCGGAUCGGCCCGGUGCGCAAGGCCCGCAAGGUUUCCGACGACUGGCCGCUGACGCUGACGCGCCCCUGGAGCUGGAAGGGCUCCUGCUUGAAGAUCGUGGCCGUGAAUCUUCGGGAGCGGUUCAUCCGGGUCCUCAACCAGUCCACGGAGGAGACGGUGGACCUGGGGGGCUACACGCUGCAGCAGCUGGACCACGACUUCCCGGUGUAUCUGUACCGCUUCCCGCCGCACACGCUGCUGGAGCCCCGGCACCACGUCACGGUGUGCCCCGCACCCCCCGCGCCCGCGCGCAACCGGCGCGGGCCCCGGGGCCGGGGCAAGGGGCCUGGCGGCGCCAAGCAGCCGCCCUCGUCCGUGGGCGGGGGCCCCCGCCACUUCCACGCCAGCGGGAGCUUCGUGACUUUGCUCCUGAGCCCCAAGGGCGAGCUCCUCAGCCAGUUCCAGGCUCCGCACAGCGUGACGCCCGCCCCGAGGACCUUCGAGGACAACACCACCGUGUCCAUCGACCGCUUCCCGCUCCCGGACGCCGAGCCUGCGGCCGACACUCCGGAGAAGGGGCGCCGGCCCCGACCCCCGCGCAGCCAUCCGGUGCCCAGGGCCCGGGGCCGCCGGAGGCCGAGGUGGGGACCGUGGGUCCCUGGACCUCCGCCUCUUCCCAGGCUCUGCCCCCGCAAACGCCCCCCUCGCCCCACCAGGUCACCGACCCUGCUGCCGGGCCUGACCCCCAGCAAGCGCUCCAGCCCCGGGGAGGUGCCUGCAACCCCCGAGCGCGCCGAGACCGACGCGUGGGAGCCUCUGCCCGCCCUGCCCCGUGAGCGUGCGUGCGCGGGGGCCGGGGGGCCGGGCGGCCCGGCUGGAUGGGCGAGGCCGGCCCGACGCCCUUCACCGUUGUCCCCCGCAGCGGACGGGCCGGGCUUCGCAGACUACCAGGCAGGGAAGGAGCACAAGGAGCAGAGGAUCCGGGUGAGCCGGAAGACCGUGGACCGGGACUGCCCCUUCGUGGCGCUGUCGGUGCAGAGCAUGAGGGAGAAGAGGUUCGGCUUCCGCCUCCUUAGCUGCCCGCCCAUCCCCGUCUCCACGAGCCGGCCGGUGUAGAGCCGGGC